CCAGAGCUUCAUACGUUCCUUGCCUCAACCAAAGAAGCAACAUCCACACAACAUGGCGUUCUUUGAGUCGCGCGCGCAUUCUAUGAUCGACGCCGACUGCUACAGCGACGUCGACUUGCCCAGCCAUCCGUCGCCGCCAGCCUCUGAGGCCGGCUCAAGUCUGCUGCUCUGGCGCGCUAAUACCAGCGAGGGCGACGCCAAGGCGCACGCGCGUGUUCUGCGUGAGCGCUCCAAGCAAGCACAGCGCAGCAGGAAGAGGCUGGCCGCGAUACUAAAGUCACAGCUGGUUUACUCGCGGAGUCUGAACGGCACCGGCGGAGCAAGCCCGGUCUACGUCCUGGUGCGCGAGCUGGACAUGGACAGCUUUGAGGACCUGCUGGGCCCGCAGCUGCUGGCCAAGGCUGUCGUCAGCCCCAAGCAGGCGUCGCUGGACGUGUCCGCGCCCGAGGACCAGGCCGCGCUGUUCGGUCGGCCGCCAUACCGCGAGAUGCGCGGCGCCGGCGGGUUCGGCUUCGUGGGGUGCCGGCUGCAGCUGGCCAGCUUGGAGCUGGUGUACAGUCGCGAGAGCCGCACGCUGGUGGUCAGUGGCAUGUGCGCGCUGGUGCGCGCGCUCUAAAGCCUGUAGCGCUGGUGGCAGCUGGGUCCUGCUGUGCACCUCGGCGCCAGUUUGCAGCAAGAGCUCGCGGUAGCGGCAUGCAGUCUCAACAGCAGCAGAGAGUAGUGUACGGCGUUCGUGGCAUGGUGGGUAAGACCCCGAAUUGUGCCCACCAAACAUGCCUGGACUGGGUCGGCGCGGGUCAAGAAGAGUAGGAUGGGUACUGCAUGUGUGUGGACAACAGCACUGUGACGAUAGUGGUUGAAAAGUCGCAAGAGCCCUGAUGCGCACAUAUACAGACGCUAUCAGAGGCUGGUGCUAGGGUUUGGUCAGGAAUACAUCUCUUCAUAAGUUGGGCGGGCUUUGCCCUUUGUGGACUAAAAUUUACUUGUACGAGUAAGAGCGAGAGAGCGGUGGCGCCAUGCCAUGCAUGAGGGCAUCCCGUGAGGACACACGUGUAUGCCAUGGAGCAAAGGCGUGCAAUCGUGAAUAAAUGAUUGAGGCAGUGGGCAGGCGCUUGCAGCUUGCGGCGCCGCGCACCUGAGAGAGACCACGAUGCGGUAUUAGUGCAGGAAGCGUACAGGCUUCCCUGACUUUUUGGUUCACUGUUUCCGGCUGAAGAGUUUGGUCGUGCAUGGCGCAGCGGGCAACCGACAUGGACUUGCCGCCCGUGACCGUGAUUAGUAUAACUUAUAGCGCUCCUUUUCGUGGAUGCCGUUGCCUUUCUGUACCCUUUUAGGGGCGCUUAUGGUGUUCAGCGCGUGUGGUGGAUACCGUGUGUGGCUUGUCAAUUCUUUCUUCAACCUCGGGGAUGCUUCCAUUGGGCAUAUCGUAUGGGCACUUACAGUCCCAACAGUGGGGCUAGUCCUAACUUAGACAUUUGGUGAAUGGAUGGCCUGGCGCUUGCGGUCCGACAUCUGACCAUGGGCCAUGUAGGGCAAGAUGUAGGGUAUGGAAACCCACCUGGGUGGUCCUGAGUGGUCGUCUGUCCUAGGCGCAAGCUCAACACAUUGUUCGCGUGUGAGGACGCCGCGUUGGCGAGAGCCACGGAUGGUCCUAAUACACCGUGGGGGCAUGUCGCACCCGUGGAGGGCACUGUAACUGAGCAUCCCCGU